UUCUAUUUUGUAGAUUUCCCAACUCCGGCUUUCUUAACUGCAAAAUCCAACCUGGGCAGGUCCAAUCUGGUCUCCACGGAUCCGCUAGAUGCCAUUUAUAGAAUCGUCUUCUCAAGUAUAAACUGCAGAAGCCCAACUGAUGCUUCAAAUCCAUUUUUAGUGUUGUGGUAUGAGUAUCUCUUUCUUCUCUCACUUUUUCUAUCUAUUCUACCAAACAAAAUAUGCAUAACACUUACUUGAGCUCUAUGUCCCUUUGGAGGAAAGGGUCUCUUUCUUUUUCUUUCAAUGAUAAUUGUUACUUCUUGAGUGAAAGAACUGAGAACCCUUCAUCUUCUACUUGUACUUGCUGUGCUUUAUCUAAUCAUGGAUUGCCUAUAUACCCUAGAUUUUUAUAUGGGUUGAGGCAUUCUUCCCUGAUUCAGUGGUCAGCUUCUGGAAGGCUGAUUUUAGCUGGUUUCGACCGUUAUUGCCGGUUGCCCCUUUAUGAUCUUGAUAGGGGCUGCUAUGGAGUUUCCUGCUCUCUCAAGGAGAGUAGUGUUUGUAGGAGGAGGAGGAGGAGAAGGAGGGGAGAGGGGAAAUUUGGUUGUAUGGGUUGGGAGGAGAGGAGUGAGAGUUGUGAUUCAGGUACUGAGGGAAGUGCUGAAGCAAUGCUCAGCUUGUUGACAGAAGAAAUCAGUGAUAAAUUUGUUGGUCGAUCGGCAGCGAGGAGGGAGCUGGUGGAGAAGAUAGGGAGAGUACUUGAUGAACGCCCUUGGAAAGAAAAAGAGUGUGUCCAAACCAAAUCGCUGGAGUGGGAUUCUAAAGGUUAUCAUCAAUCAGGGUGGAGUGAGGCAUCUUCGAGGACUGAGAAUCAUGGGCUUAGGAUAGAACGUCCUAGGGAAAAAAAGGAUUGUGCUCAAGCUUCAUCAUCAGAAAGGAAUUCUAAGGGUGAAUAUAAAUCUAGUACUGUUAAAUCGAGGGAAGAUUAUUAUCAACUGUCAGGGAGGAGGGGAGCGUCUUCAAGGACUGAGAAUCAUGGGCUUAGGAGAGAAGGUUCUGGCAGCUCAUCAUAUCACUCAGCGUUGUCUUCUGGUGAUAUUGAGAGUGAUACUGAUGUUGAGGUUAAACAUGCAGAGUUUGUUGGAGAAUCAUCAGGUCAUUAUAUGGAGAAGGAAUUGAGAAGUAGCAGAGGGGAUGUCCUCGGAGUGAAUGUCAGAAAACAAUUUAAGAGGCAUGAUGAAGAUGUCAGUGGAUACAGGGAAUUCUCGAGACAGAGAAAUGGUGCAGGGUCUGCAGUGGGAUCCAAUAAAAUGAUGAGUGGUCACGAAUGGGAUUCAAGAAGCAAGGCAGAGAAGAAGAUUACUGAAGUUUCUGUUGCGCCAGUACAAUCAAGAGAAGAGUCUUCACAGAGGUUGUCCAGAAAAUUUGAGGUUAAUGAUAGUGGCAUGGAAAUGGGCUUGAGUCACCAGAAGCGAUUUAGUGGCAGGGAAGAUGAUUCAAUCUCAGCUGUGAAUUUGGUUGAGAAAACAACAAAGAGAAAUAGCCAAAGUGGUAGGGUAGUUCUUGAACAUGCAGAAUCAAGAAGAAAAUCUCAACAAGUUCAAAAAAUGUCAGAGAUCCAGGGAAGUGAUUUCCAGAGGGCCUCCAGCUCCCAAAAGCAAUUCAGUGGCAGAGAAGUGAACUUAAGUUCACCUGUCAAUUUGGACCAGGUAGGAAGAGAGGGGCAUAGACAAACAUUUAAUGAAACUGUAGAACAAACCGAAUUAAGAAGAAAAUCACGACAGCUGACCAAGGUUACAGAGGAUAGUAACACUGAAAGGCCUUACACUUCACAGAUGCUUUUUGAGACUCAAAUGGAUAACAGAGAAGAAAAUUCAACUACAAAUCAGAGUUCCAUUCAAAAGUCAAAUGAGCAACAGGCCCAAAUUAAUCAAAGAUUUUAUGGGACAGCUGAAUUAAGAAGAGAAUCCCAAGAUCUAACAAAUGAGAUGACUUCUGAUGCUUCUGAAACCAUCACCAGGGCACAAACACUUUCUGAAACAAGAGUGAGUGGCAGAGAAAGAAAUUCAGCUUCAGUUGUGGUUGAUCUGGUUCAUGAAGAGAGACAAAGUGGUAGCCGAACUGGCGAAGGAGUCAUUGAACAAGUUGGACUAAGAAAAGAAUCUCAAAGGCCAAUGAGAGUAUCAAGUUUCCCGAGGAGCUCCAUGGAAAGGGCCUCAAGCUCCACAACACCAUUGUAUUCAGUUCCACAUGCUAGAGUGCAACUUAUGGGUGUAUCGACGGAAGAUGACAGUUUUGCCCAGGUUAUGCUGGCACCUCCAUCUCAAUUGGUAGGUGUCAAAACUGGGUAUGCAACAAUAGAGGCUUCUGGUGAAUUCUCAGAAAGUAGUUCUAGCUCUUUGUUUACACAUCCACAAGCACAAACUCCAGCUUCUCCCCAUGAAUUACAUGUUGAAACUAGAACCAAUGAGGCUUUUGGAGAGAAUCCAAGUCUUGUGCACCAUGAAGAUGUAUUGGGUUCAGCUAACCGUUUUGAGAGAUCCUCCAGUCAGUUUGUUGGCGAGUUUGUGGAGAAGGUCCAAGAUGAAAUAUUUACAUCUGAAUUCCAGAAGGAAAGAACUUCUGAAACUACAUCUGCAUAUGGUGACCGGAAAUAUAUACAGCAGGGUCCUGGCCAAUAUGUAUCCGAGGACUUGCAGCUAAAGAGGGCUGAUUCGAGGCGGUCAUCUGAUGUCUCUGGAAAGAAGGGACCCUCAGAUGAAAUGUGGGAUGUUAAGGACCCAACUUUGCAUGGAUAUUCUCAGAGAGAAGCACCCGAGGAGGGCACUUCCACAACUGGGAGUGCCAUUGUCAGGAGAACUGGUAGGUCUUUCUGGAAUAUUAUCGCAGAUGUAGUUCGGAUGCGGUGGGGCACCCGUUCUGAAACUAAUAAUUCAGCACUAAAAUCAGGUGGGAAGAGUUCAUCAAAUGAGUCUAUUGGCAGUGAGGUAUGGUUCUCUGGGCAUGAGCCAGAUGACAAUGAUAGUGAAAAUGUCAAAAAGAGACAAAGAGGCACUCCGAAGGAAUGCAGAUCUGCUGAUCAACUAAGUAAAGCUUCAACUCAAAGCCAAACAGAAGCCUCUGAAGCAACAAUUUCCCAGGACAGAAUAUUUGAGGCCGAAGCUGAUGCUUCAUCCUAUUCAGGUACCUUAGGAAAAGGUGUGACAUCCCAAGGUACUUCUUCAGCCUCUGGAGAGGAAAGAUUUGGUUGGAAAGAAGAUGGUAGAAGCGAUCAAGGCAUUCCUUCCACUGUUGCACCCAUGGAUUCAUCAUUAUCAUUACUUACUAGACGCCUCCUAAGAUCUCCAGUCAUAGAACGGAUGCCAGAAAGUAGUAAAGCCGAGGUGUCUAUAGGUGACUUCAAGGAGAAUGUGGAACAAUCCAUCACGGAGAGGUUAACUGAAGUUCCCAAAACUGAUGGAAAGGAUGAGGAAUUGAAGAGACGGAAGUUCCAGCGGACUAAGCAAGUACCAAAAGAUAGAUUUGAUGAAUGGGAAAACGCAUAUAAACUCGAAACUGUACAAAGAGAAAAUGAUGAGAAGUUUAUGAGAGAAGCACUAUUGGAAGCCCAGAAGGCUGCUGAUAUUUGGGAAGUGCCUGUUGGUGCUGUGCUGGUACAAAAUGGAGAAAUUAUUGCUCGGGGCUAUAAUUUAGUGGAAGAAUUAAGAGAUUCGACUGCCCAUGCGGAAAUGAUUUGUAUAAGGGAGGCUUCUAACCUACUCCGGACUUGGAGACUUGCGGAUACAACUCUUUAUGUGACACUUGAACCCUGUCCAAUGUGUGCUGGAGCAAUUCUUCAAGCUAGAAUUGAUACUGUGGUAUGGGGAGCUCCCAACAAGCUUCUUGGUGCUGAUGGUAGCUGGGUUAGGCUAUUCCCUGGUGGGGGUGAAGGAGAAAGCAGUUCAGAUCAGACAAAUCAGCUGGCUGGGCCUAUCCACCCAUUUCACUCAAAGAUUACGAUCCGACGAGGGGUCCUGGAGAGACAGUGUGCAGACGCGAUGCAACAAUUCUUCCAUCUGAGGAGGAAGAAAAAGGAGAAGAAUCCAGAGCCCGAGCCACAACCCCCUGAGCCACAGCCUUCAUGCCUGCCUGUUUCAACCCAUCCAUCAAAAUUCUUUUCCAAGAUGCAUGACAUGUUUAGCAUCAUGUUCUGUUUGUAACAUUUGGAAAGAUGGCAUCUCUAUGCCUUAAAACUGUAAAAUUUUCUUGAAAAUGAUACAGUUUCUUUACCAUUUUAAUUUAA